AAUGUAGUUCUAACCUGUCCAAGUACAAAAAUCGUGGAUCGUUUCGUAACAAAUCCAAGUGUUGAAACAAAAAACGAAAACAAAAAGUUAAAUAAAUAAAUAAUUGUCAUAAAAAAAAAAAAUGGCAAACUUGGUACGUCUCAGUACAAACCAACUGCUGCGGAGCGGUUUGUUGAAAUCAUUUGUAAAAACUCGUCAAUUACCAAAGCCAGUAUCAACACCACAAUUAGCAGCAAUACCAUCACUGCGUUUUAUCAACACUUCAUCAAAGCCACCUCAAGCUCAAUCAGACACCAGCUCUCCUGUAACACAAACAUCUCACGAAGUAACAGAAACCAAACACUGGAUCAGCUGGGGCUUUCAUGAAGAAGAAGAAUGGCUGGACAGAAUGUUAACACACGCAAACUUUUUCUUUUCCAUCACACUUAUUAUUGUUGGUGGUGGUUUCAUUUUUUGUUAUCUACCUGAUCCAAAGUGCCGGAACUGGGCCCAACGUGAAGCUUACCUCGUUCUCCGGUACCGAGAAGAUCAUGGUCUGAAACCCAUUGAGCGAAACCUCAUCGACCCGUCAAAAUUCACUCUGCCGACUGAUGAAGAACUUGGUGACACUGAAGUUAUUAUCUAAAUUACUUUGUUAUUAAAAAAGAAAUUUUUUUGAAUAAUUAAAAAUAAGAACAAAUGGAGUUUGUUAUAUUAUUUAUAAAUAGUAAAUUUAAAAGAUAUGUAAGUCAUGUAAAAUGGGACAGAAUAUAAGCAUGGAUACCAUUUAAAAAUA